UGUGCCAAGCGAUUGACCGUACCGGCACUUGACAUCACAACAACACCAGCCAAAUUGCAUGUGUUCAGGAACUACAGCGUCAAUUCUGAGAUCUCCAGAUCACCAAUGGACGAUGCACUCUUCCGUGAUGCAGCACGGGCGAGCGGAGCCGCACCAACCUAUUUCAAUCCACAUACAGUGAAUGGUCGAGUUCUUGUCGAUGGCUCGUUUGUUGCGAAUUGUCCACUUAAUUUACUGUUCAAGCAUUCGGCAAAAGAACCGUCUGGUUUGAGGCCUUCGAAAUCACAAUAUCCGUGUUUACAAAAGAAAUUACAGUAUUCAUGUGUUGCAAUUGGUUUCACUCAAAGAUUACUCGUCAUUUCAAAUGAAAUUCCACUGAAUGACAUCGUAAAUUGA